AAGCAGGAGACAGCAUUUAGGUAUGCUUUGGAUGCACAGAUGGUCACUGGGUCCACACAGCUGAGGACUGCCUGUUGAAGAUUCCUGGGUGCCUUUUCCUUCUGUAGCCUGGACACCUGGUGAGCUGUAACAACACCUGUCAAGUCCACUGCCUGACACCUAGACCUAGCAGCUGUCAUGAGCACCCCAGGCUUCCAGUAAAAAGCAUGGCCCAGACUAGAAGUGGCUUUUCCUGCUCAAAAGAUCUGGAUUACAGUUGUUUCUGUCUGCCUCAACCACUGGAUUAAAGGCCAGAGAAGACGUUUCCAUAUCAGCUCCUGUCCAUGGCUGAUCAGCAGGGUGGUACCUGGCAGGCAUCAUGCCUGGUGGGUUCUUUUAUCAUGAGGAGCCACAAGCAAGAUAUUUUCCUUUCACUUUCCUUCACUGUGUAAAUGAGGCCCAGAGCUUGUCUCUGGUUGUGUCUCAGACGUGCAUUUGGUGACUGGAUCCACACAGCUCAGGACAGCUGGGACACAUACAAGUAUGGAUGCAGUAAGAUUCCUUGGUCGAGUUGUUGAAGAACUCACUGAUUUUCUCACAGAAGUACUCUGCAGAACAGAUCUGAAGAGCCUGAUAACUGAAGAUGGAGUCUGGAAUGGAUUUGUGGAAGCAGCAGAGUUGUCAAGCGAGGAGGAAGCUGCACUGCGUGAGGCUCUGAAGGAGCAUUUAGCACAGGAGCCCACGGAUGAAGAUGACAGACCUCAAAGGGAGCAGCAGAAAGAGCGAUUUUUGCAAGAGUUUCCUGAGUUGAAAAAGAAACUAGAGGACCAUAUCAGGAAGCUCCGAGACCUGGCUGACCAUCUUGACAAAGUAAACAAAGACUGCACCAUCUCCAAUGUGGUGUCCAGCUCUGUUGGUACUACCUCUGGAGUCCUGGGCCUCCUUGGUUUGGCUCUGGCACCCUUUACAGCAGGGACCAGUCUGGUACUCUCAGUAACCUCAGUGGGUCUGGGAGCUGCAGCAUCUGUGACUAGUCUUACGACCACCAUUGUGGAAGAAUCAAACAGAGUGUCAGAUGAAUCUGAAGCCAGUAGACUGGUUGGAGCCAGCAUGAGCAUACUUGAGGAGAUUCUAAAGAUUGUGCCUAAGAUCACAGUCAAGCUUUGUAAUACAGGUUUGGAAUUAUUCAAUGCCUUCAAAACCCUCAAGGAUCAGAUCCGAGCCAUCAGAGCAGCCAGAUCCACCUCUAGCUCUGGAGCAGCGGCCAGUAACCUCACAUCCACUGCCCAACGUCUUCUCCCCAUGACCAGAAGAGCCAGGAUUAGGUCAGGAGUGUUUACAGCUUUGUUCCUUGGAUUGGAUGUGUAUCACCUUGUGGACGAUUCAAGGGAUCUGUAUAAGGGGGCCAAAACAGAGUCAGCUAGAGCACUGCGGGACCUGGCUCUCAAUCUGGAGGAGAACCUGCAGGUAUUUCAGGAGUUCUACAAUGCUCUGAAGUCAGCCCUGCAUCAGUGAUCCGUCCUCCAAGCAGCUAAGAGUUCAGAGGAGAUGACAUGUACAGGGUUGGGGACAAUAGAAGCAUGUUGUAACAAUGGAAAACACCUGAGUUCAAGUCUAUGGAAAAGAUAGUUGAGGAGUUUGAAUUUCUCUGGCUGAGCAGAGUGAGGUAAAUGCAGAUGGCCAGGGAUCCCAGAAGAGCAAACUGAAGUUUAAAAAGUGUAUCAGACUUCCACCAGGAUGGAGAGUCUGCAGACAAAUCAGCAUCCAUCACUCUAAUAAUACCCUGCUAAAUCUUAACAUCUGUGGUAUCUGCCCCUGGUCUUCUUCUGGAUUUGCUAAAUACUUAGCUAUCUGAGAUAUGAUAUUGUUUGAGUGGGUCUGUUUUGCUGAACUUUAUUUUCAUAGAUUUUUUUGUGGGGGAGUGGUUUGUAAGCAGUUUCAAAUUCAGAAAGCAGAAAGUGCUUUUUAUAGGAUUUUUAAAGAUUGAUUAUGGCUUUAUCAUGUAGCUGGCCUGUAAUUUCUAGGUAGACCAGAAACUUAUGAUGGUUUCCCAAAGUGUUUGGAUUUACAUGCCUGUACCAUAGUACUGAUAUAUUAUUGGCUAUAUUAUACAGUAUAUAGUAUAGAGUUCAUUGCUUGUGCUAAACAAUCUUUGGGUGUUGACAAGAGUCUAGAGUGCCACAGAUUUGAAAUCAUAUAGUAUGUAACCUUUCAAAUUAGCUGUUACUUACCAAGAUGCUUGUCAGAAAUAAAAAAAAAAGUAAAAACGGGGGAUCAGAGUGUCCUAGAGUGUGGGGAAGGGGACUGUAACAUGGUGGGUGUGGUCAGGGAGGGCUGUACAGUACAGGCAAUGAGAAGUCAGGAAGCCUGGGGAGCAGAAUAUGGAGAGAGCCAGAGUGAGAGUCAAGGCAGAUCACAUAAGGCAUCAAACAGUGUAUGGAAUGGAGAUAAAGUCAACACUUCUGUGACAGGAGACUGGGCAUAUGGCUCUCAGCUCCUUCUCAAUCUGUGGAGGCUUGCUGGCCAAGGUAGUAUCUCACAUCACUGGGCUCCUGUCCUCUUAUGUUCUAUAGUCUUGUGUUCAGUGAAUGUUAACUGGCUGGUCUUGAAAAAUGGAAUAAAAGCAGUCACUUGCAACCCCUAGUAUUGGAAGAGGCCUGAGCACUGAGGUGUCAACCAUUUUCCUGACAUUCUUGUGUUGUCACAGAACAUGCUGAGCAGUUGCCUAGCAGAUCUUCCUCAUGUACAAAUGGGAUGGGCUCUGCUUCUGUCCCAGGACUUAGAGAUAGAGGCAUGAGGGUGUCCUAAUCCCUGCCACCCUGUUCAGGGGUCUAUGAAUGUUCCAGCCAAUUCCUCACUUAUCAAGGGAACCCGUCAUGGUGGGCCUGUGGCUCAGCAGACAUUUACAUGGUCCUGUCCUGGAUGGACCUGUGGCUCAGCAGAUGUUUGCAUGGUCCUGCAUCUCACUGUGCUUUUCUCUGCCAAGCUGCAGUCAUGCUGAUGAAAGACGAAAAAAUCAAAAGUAAGAAAAUAUUUGUAGAAUAUAGCAACAAAUAUCUCCCUACAAGGAAGCAUGGUCGCUAUUGUCUUGUAUCUUAAGGAUCUAUCUUGGCUGCCUCUUGGCUCAGUCUCUGAGUUGUGGAAUAAAGCCAAUGCCUCUUCCUCAGCCAGGCUCCCCAUCUACAAAAUGACAGUACAGCCUCGCAUGACACUUGUAAUCACAGACUGAUUUGAAAGAUGGGGAAAGAUUUGUGUUUAGGGAAUGAUUGUAAAACUCCAAUCAAAUGGUGAAAUAAAUGUGUUGCAAACCGUA